GUGAAUCGGAGAGAGGUUUCAUUUCGAUUAAAAGUUACGUUUAUUAUUAUUUAUCUAAGAAUGGCAUCUUGUUCAGCGAUUACAGCAAUAAUAUGUGUUUUAAUAACCACUGUUGCUACAAUAGUAGCGUUUUCAACUCCAAACUGGAUGGAAUUUGAGGGGAGUUCAGGGGAUAUGCUGUGUCAGUGUUUGAAUUGCGAUUGUGGACUCUGGCUACAUUGCAGCGGAGGGUCCCUUUCAUCAACGGGCUCGUUAGACAACUGCAGAUGGUUCUUUUCUGAUGACUUCCUGGUUGAAAGGUCCUUGCCAGACUGGUUCAAAGCUGUGCAAGGCCUGAUGUCAUGUGCCCUGGCUAGUACACUGCUGGCUCUUAUAAUUGGUCUGUUUUCACUGUGUUGUGAAUGUAAGGGAUGUAACCCCAACAUGGCAGCCGGUGCCUUUGCUAACCUUACAUUUAUCCUGCUGGCAGUAUCAGUGUGUGUGUUCGGUGCCAAAGCCCAUAUGGACCAUAGUGCAACAGUCAUUCAAGAACAAGGCCAGUCCUUCCCGACGUUUGGCUGGAGUUUCUGGGUAGCUGUGGGCGGAGCAGUUAUGGCCCUUAUAUCAUCAUUGCUUUACUUCUGUGUAGGGAGGAAGGACGAUUAUUAUAUGUAAUACAUAGACAAUAAAUGUGUAGGAACCUGUAUAAUACAUAUAAAUUAUAGUAAUGAAUAGAGAAUGAACGUAUCUUUAUCUAAGCAUGGGCAAAAAGUUUGAAAUCCUUAAUCAGGGCAACUCUUCAUCUUUAGAAAGUACAAUAUCAGAUAUAAAAGUUAUCAUAUUGGUAUUAUAUAAUUUAACUGUAUGCAUUGGCUGUUAUUUAUAAAUGAAAUUUUAGAACAUUGAGAGAAACGAUCGCUACUGCUUCUGUAUUCAAGGAUGCAUUGAUUUGUGUAUUUGAUAUGACAUUCUGAUGAGGUUUUUCCUCACAAUGUCAGUUGUGCUAGAAAAUGAAAUAGGAGAAGAUGAGUUCUUCAUGAAUUAAGUGUUGAACACAAUAUGGGACUACAGAUGCUUACACUCAAAACUUUUAAGUAUUGAUAUUUUCAAUGUGCAUAUUUCAGCUAUUGAAAUAUGCUGUAGAAAAUGCUUAACUGCAACAGAAGUAUGACCAACUGUGUUUUGGUGUUAUCGACACAUGGCGUUCUUGUGGUGAUAAAAUAUAUACAGCAUCAGGGAACUAUUUUCAUGACUUUUAAUGCUAAAUAUGGGUUAAAGAUUAUUAAACUGAGUUUUAGAAACCAGUCACAAAAUUCUGUUUACUGAUUGGUUGACUUUUAUGCUCAAUUUUUAAAUUGACCAAUGGCAGGGCUGCAUCUGGAGACUGUUCUUUGUCAAAACUCAUUAUAGUGAUCUUAACCUUGCACAUGCAGUUAAAAUAUGUCUCAGACUCUAUUAUGUUGGCUGAUGUUUUUGCCAUACAUAGAUUUGUUUAGCCUGUUUGAAUAUCAAGACAUGACAGAACCAAUAUUUUAAGUGUUUGAUUGUGGGGUUAAUAUACGUAGUCAUUAUAUUGCACAUUACAUGAUCGUAUGAUAUAGAGUACUUGCUUAUGUAAACGCUUAAGUUAGCUGAGAGAAUUUCAGUUGCAAAAUUAAUAUAUUAAUCUGAAUGCUUGCAUUUAGUCGCACAUCUUUUGAUGGGUGAGCUCGGUUUCAAAACGAGUGCCGAAAACGUUUGAUUUGAAGUAACAGUUGUAUAUACUAAACAGCGAAAGAAAGUACAGCAAAAAUGAAUGAUAUGCAGACGCACCCCUAAAAUACCUAACUGAUUUCUUACAAAAAAUGGAAAUGUAUUUAUGGCCUAAUAUAUAUUCAGGGCUAAGAUAUAGAAUGACUUAUUUUUGUAGAGCUAUAAUGUUCAAAUUUUUAUACUUUUUUUAUUGAUGGUUUUUAUAUUUGUACAGUUUUUACAUAGUUCUUUGCACUUUUGUAGGUAGACAUUUCCUAUACAUCACAAUGCUCAGGAAAGUUACUUUAUAAGUUAUUGUAGAUUGGGUUAUAUUUGCAAUUUUUUAUUGUCGAGCCUGCUGGUGGUGAGCUCAACAUAGAUGUCGCAGCGGCUGUCCGGUGUAUGUGCGUGUGUGCAUCCGUCCGAUUUUUUCCAGGCCGUAACUUACCAAUGGAUCAAGGGAAUUUUAAAUAACUUGGAACAUACGUUUGCCUCAUUGACAUGGUGUGUCGAGUGGAAGAACCGGAUUGGAAGCUUAAGGGUCAAGGUCAUACUUCGAGGUCAAAGAUCAAAACUCUGUGCUGUUUUGCUUGUCCGGGCUGUAACUCAGCUAUGGAUUGAGAGAUUCUUAAAUACUUUGGCACAAAUGUUUGCCUUGAUAAGAUGAUGCGUCAUGUGCAACAACCAGAAAAUGUUAGUCCUUUUGACAGCUGGCGGGCUCGACAUGUUGCCCGUGGGCAUCUAGUUCCAGUAAUAUUCGCAGUGGUUCUGUUUUUAGUACUAUUAGUGAUGGUCCAAUUUCUACUAAUAUUCGCGAUUUUUUUAUUUCCUCUAAUAUCCAUGAUUUUGUUUCCGCUAAUAUUCACGCUGAUUUCAAUUCCGCUAAUACUUGUGAUGGUUCACUUCCUGCUAAUACUCACGAUGAUUCUAUUGCUGCUAAUAUUCAUGAUGGUUUUAUUUUUGCUAAUACUCGUGACGAUUUUAUUUCCGCUUAUAUUCGUGAUGUUUUUAUUUUCUCAACUAUUCGUGAUGGUUGUAUUUCAACUUAUAUUCACAGUGGUUUAUUUCAGUCCAUUCUUGUGUUGUCUAUAAUAUCUACAAUGGUUUUAUUAUCACUUAUAUUCAUGAACGAACAAACUCAGAACUCUUGCAAAUAUUUAGCAGUAGUAUCUUCGUACAAAUCAGUUGUUAGGAACCGCAAAUUCAGUGAAGUGUAAGAUUGUUGUUUAUCAGAUCAUGAAAUAAAAGCGAUGCAAAAAUGAUCUAAUCUACAGUACUCAUAAAUUAAGACUAACAUUAACUGAUACAAAAUUUGAUGCAUUUUUUUAUCAAAGUAAACUGGAACUCAUUCUGUUUAUAGAAAGGAAAUGCAGAUGUUGCAGAAGUUUUUGUGGACUGCACAUAAAUUGAAAGGCAAGCAAAAUCAUCUUAGUCAUUAAAGCAGGCAUUGAAAUGGAAAUUAUCAUAAAUUUAACAAAUAUCAGGAUGGAAAUCAUGUUUUUUUUUAAAUGAAAUUUUUGCAAAAAUUGGCAGUCUAUGCAAGGAAAUACCAAUGCCUAAAAAUCGCAUACAAGAUUAUCAGUAUAAUUGCUGUUGAUCAUUGCACUUGACUGGUAGUAUUCAUUAAAAAUAGGGAAAUAUUUUAGAGUCUUAUAGGCUUAAUUAGGAAAAUAAAGAUAUGAUUAAAAAUUUAAAAGAUUGUAAAGUGCUAAAAGUAUAAAUGCCAUACAUGUUAAAGACGUACAGGUUUACUAGGUUGUGAGAGGCAGUUUUAUACAUGGUGGAUUCUUUUACUCUCAUGCUGUGCAAUACAUUUUCGCAUCAUUUUAUUAAUCUCAUGUAUAAAUACGAUUCAUAAGCCAGUGUAUAUAAACAUACAUUAUCAAAGUAUUUCAUGUAUUUAUUGGAUAUGUUUUGUAGUGACAAAAAUAGUUGUCAAGAUUCUUGAGUCUUUGAAAACUGGAAAGGGAGUUUUAUGUACUUUGCAAAAAAAAAAAGAGAAGAUAUUUGCCUCAGUUUGGGUUUUUUGUUGAAUUAUGUAAACUGGUUCAUUAUACUACAAAUGUAAACCUGUUAUUAUAUUCGAUUCUUAAAAAGAAGUGUUUUAAAAGCCUGGUAUGUAAUUGAUGUAUGACAGUAUACUUGUUUACUGAGUAUAUAUUCUUACUUGAACAAAAGUAAUCAAUUACAGCUGAUUACAUUUACAAUUACCUCAGAUCUAUGUAUCAAAGGUUUAUAAAUUUCUGGAUUUUAGCUCUGGCAGUGCAGAAUUUUCUGCAAUGUGUAAACUAAGCAAGUAAAACAGACAUACCUAUCUUUCUCAUCAUAUGUCUGAUAAAAGUUGUUAUUUUUAAGAAUUGACUAGUAGUCAUUAUCAUAGGUAACCUCCUCCAAAAAGGACAUCUAUUUUAAUAUCUCUGUUGCAAAAAGAUCAUAUUACUGCAAAUAUUCUUAUCUUUGUUGCAAACAUAAAAACCGCCACACAAUCUUGUUUAGAAAGGCUCGAGACUCUUCUCUUAACAUUAUUUCAUGUCAUGUACGAUGUUUGUGAGUUACUGUGUACAUCAUUAUUUUAUGUCUGUUUUAUGUUCUGCUGUUGUUAUAAAUCAUAAAUGUGAUUUUUGUUUCAAAUUGAUUCUUUUUUGUUCUGUUAUAUGUUUUAAGAUUAGGUUAAGUAAGAGACUGAAAUUCUGUUAAAUUUCCCUGUUUGUGCUCUACUCUAAAAGCAGAUUGUUAAAGUGUGGUGAAAAUUUUCUUUUAUUUAAAAUUAAAUAUAAAUAAAUGAGUCAUGCCAUGAGAAAACCAUCAUAGUGCGUUUGCGACCAGCAUGGAUCCUGACCAGCCUGCGCAUCCGUGCAGUCUGGUCAGGAUCCAUGCUGUUCGCUUUCAAAGCCUAUUGCAAUUAGAGAAACUGUUAGCGAUCAGCAUGGAUCCUGACCAGACUGCGCGGAUGGGCAGGCUGGUCUGGAUCCAGACUGGUCGCAAAUGCAUUAUGUUGGUUUUCUCAUGGCGUGGCUCAAAAGUAUUAGAUAUUGAGAAAUAGAUAAAAGAAGUUAAUACUGGUACUAAAUACUUGUGAAGAUCCUUGUAGAAUAUUGGUAAAAAAUGUAUUUAUUAUGAUUUUAUUCUUUUGGAAUAGUAUUUUUUAUUCUCAUUAGAGUUACAUAGCAAAUAUUCUUAUGUCAGAAAGUUAAUAACUUUGUAUAACCAAUCUUAUAUAAAGUACAUGUACAUUUUUUAAAAAAUGUGAGGGCUUCAUUUUAUCUUUUAAAGUUUUUCAAGUCACUUUAAAAAGUAAUUUGAAGUGUGAAAUGCCUCAUCCAAACAUUUGUGAAGAAUUUCUUAACAAGUACCAAUAUUAUCUACAGUAACACACUGCUAGCUUGAACAUUAAUGGGUCAAGUACCAGGACUGACUCGGACAGUUUGUAUGGUCCCUGACCAUUUUCCACACAAUUUCUACAUUUGGAUUGCUCAGAAUCCAGGCAUUUUGCUAAUCCAUUUGUGACUUCAAGCAAUCUGUGUUUUAAUGUGUGUUUUACAGUAAUCGAAACCAGUUUCAGGACACCUUUUACUGGUAAUAAGUAGGUAUGUUUAACCUGUAGCCAUCUAAAUUUCUAAAAUGGACUGGUCCAUUAUUCAAUUUAUAUGCAACAUUUAUUAUUUGAAGGGAUGUUCACUAAAAACUUACUGACUGAAUAGCAAACAGUGCAUCUGUGCAGGCUGAUCUUUGUCAGCACUGGUCGCAAAGGCAGAAUCACUUGCUGGCAGCAGGCUAAAGGUUAAAGUUGCUAUGUGAAAGAAUGCAGUGCUAUUGUAUUUUUUUUAUGGACAUUUACAGUAUAAAUUUGCAUUUACAUUGUAUCAUAUUCAUUCAUUUUUAACACACCUUGGUGCUACUCAUACAUGUAUUAUGCUUGGCUUUUAAAUUAUUUUGUGCAUUCAUAAAUAUGAAAUAUGAGAUUUUAUUUAAGGCUUUUGAAACCUGUAAUCUGCAGCAGCGUAAAUUCUUAAAAAUAUUUUUUUUUCAAGGGAUUUUUAAAUGUAAAUAUGUCUUAAUUGCUUUCAAAGUUAUAUUUAAUAAUGCAAUAUUUAUACAAAGUCGAUGAGAGCUGAAUUUUAAAAAUGUAAUUGUAUGAAUGCAAAGCUUUUGUUCUUUGAAGUGCAAUGUAUGUUAACUGGUCUUGAUUCAGUUAAUUUUUGCAUUAUGUUGAAAUACUAAAUGAGCUGCGCCAUAAGAAAACCAACAUAGUGCAUUUGCGACCAGCAUGGAUCCAGACCAGCCUGCGCAUCCGCGCAGUCUGGUCAGGAUCCAUGCUUUUCGCUAACGAGUUCUCUAAUUGCAAUAGACUUUGGAAGUGAACAGCAUGAAUCCUGACCAGACUGCACAUCUGCACAGUCUGGUCUGGAUCCAUGCUGGUCGCAAAGCCACUAUGUUGAUUUUCUCCUGACACGGCUCAAAUGCAUUUUACAUGAGACAUGGUACUAUAUACCAUCUAAUAUGCUUCAUGCAAAAUUUUUUGUGAAAAUUUUUAGAUUUUACAACUGAAUAUUUUACACAACGCAUAAUUAUAUAUACUGCUUAUGUACUGCUGAGAUUGUGCAGGGUUUUAUGAAGUUACAAUAUAACUGUAUUUAUACAGGCUUCAAUUUAAGUACAUGAUUGUGCUUUCUUCAGGUAGUAGAUGCAUAAUGACCAUCAGCAUUUUUGUUCGAUAACUUGUUUUAUGUAUUCCAUUUUUCAAAAUUUGUCUUCCUCGGCUGGUAUUGAAAAUAUAAUCUGUAAAAAGAUCCUUUGGAAGCAUAGAAUGCAACCAAGCAGAAUAAUAGCAGACUCGGUUCAAUUGAGUCUGUUCAUGAGAGGUAAUGAAAUGUGCAACACCUCUCACGCCCCCUAGCACCGGCGUAAGUGGAACUCUAUUACACAGAGUGCAAGCCAUGUGGCCGUAUAUGAUACAGUAACAGUCACAGCAUGCAGAAACAGUGUACAUGUAUACGUAACAUGGAGGAAUAACAGGUGCACUACAUUAAAACAACAGACAAGCAAAAGUGACAUCUUAGCAUUUUUAAGUUUUAUGAUUUUGUCAUGGAAUGUUUUUACUUCUGGCAGUACUUUGCACAGUUUCAGAUUAAACUAUUUUUUGCCAGUUUUCCCGGUAUAAUAUUAAGGAAGAUGUCAUCUGAAUUUUAAAAGGUUAAUUUUUUGAUAAACAUUUAUAUACUGUUUUAGUCAUCAAAUGUAGCAUUACAUAAAGUAGUAUUAGUACGUAUUUAAAAGAAUUCCGUACAGGUUUCAAUUAUCUCCCUUUUGUGCCAUAGUGUAUGAUAGAAAACACUUCAAAAUGAUAUUUUUAUAGUUUGCACAGUAAUUAAUGUUGUAUAGGUUUAUGUAUGUUUAAUUUUUGAUUUUAGAUUAUUUGGUUGUACUUUAAAUCUUACCCAAUUACAUAACAGAAUUGUGAUUUACAGGUUUUUUUUGUGUGAAAUAAUGUAUCAUUGUGUACGAUUUAAUGGAAGUCUUGAGGUUUAUCAAAUAAAGUGUGAUGAAAAAACCUUGAAUAAACAAGGUCUCAUUUCGUUCACAUGAGAUAUAGUGAGAUUUCAAUCUUUGCUUUUAAUUGAGUUUCAGGUCUUUAUUAUUUUAUAGAAGGAAGUUUGCUAAAGGAAAUGAAGUGUUCGGUUUUUAGUUUGGUAAUUAUUUUAAAACACUGCGUAACAGUUGUUUCAGUGCUACUUUCUGUAUAGUAAUUCACUUGAAAUUCUUAUUUGGAGUUUCUAUUUUAGUUUUGAUUAAAUGACUUAUGUUUAAUAUUGUAUAUUCAGGCUUCAAAAUUAGGCUUUCAGUAUCGUGGUCAUGUGAAUUUUAUCCCAUAUACUUCAUUUAUGUGGAAGUAUUUAUAACUUAUUAGUUUGCUUUUGGUCAGAAUUGUUUUUAACCAUACAGGAAAAAGUACAUAACAAGACAAGUAAAUGACCUUAUUUGGCAUGUAUUUUUGGCUGUAGAAGUAUUGAAGGAAAAAUUACUGUUACUCUUGUAAUGGAUAUACCUCUUGCCAUCUGUAUUUCUAGUCACAGGAUGAUUUUUAUGCCCCCGGCAUCUACUGAUGCGGAUGCAUAUAGUGAUUGUCCUAUCCGUCCGUCCGUCUUUUCGAGGGUAACCAAAUGGGACCAUUUCGUCUAGCAUCAAUGCCCCUAACUAGAAUGACUUGAUACUAAUGCAGAUGUAACCUGUGACCAUUCCUCAACUUCAGACAUCACCUGACCUCAGUUUGACCUUUGCCUUGAACUUGACCUCGUUUUGGACUUAGGUUGCUUUGUAUCAACAAGGAUGCCACCGGAGGCAUCAGGCGUUUAUUGAACGCAGCUCCUUGUUAUUUUAGUUUUGAUCACUGUCUGUGUUAAUUAAUGAGUACCAGUAUGUAGAUUUAUUUGGGUUGUAACUACUACUUAAGGAUUAGAAAUACUUGCAAAGGAAUCAUUCAUGUUCUUAUUUUCAGUGUUAAUGCAAGUAUUUACCCUUUGUAUGUAGUCUGUUUGAAUGAAGUAAUUCACAGAACAGUUGUAAUGAUUAAAGAGAAAAUGGUUUUAGUGCUUGCAAAUUAAAAAAAAAAAAUCUCUUACACUCAUUUUGCUUUAACCUUACACAGGUGUAAGAGCAGUACAAAAUUACUGAAAAGAAAAAAAAAACAAGUUAAAAUAUUUGGUUUUUGAAAGAUUGGACAGGGAAAUACAUCUUCAAGUAUUUCAUAUUUAAAUGAGACCAAUGUAAGACAGUUGAAUUUAUCUUGUAGGAUUUGGUGAUAUUCUCUAACUUACAUAGUGGCCUCACAUCAUGGAGGAAAUACAGCUUGUAAAAUCUUAUUUUAUUACAUUUCUGUAUGUAUUUAAGUAAUGGUAUGUUUUAUAUUGUGAUGUCACCUGGUCUAAUGGUUGUUUUUACAAUUUUUUUAUAAAUGUUUGUAAACUUGUACUGCUGAUUUUAUAUAAAAUUCAAAUUUUGCAUUUUCACUCUCAGCAUUUUAUAUAAGAUUUAAAAAGAUAAGUUAUUUUAAUCCUUCAUGAUUUUUGUGCCCCCCAAGGGAGGCAUAUUAGUUUUCAGCUGUCCGUCCAUUCGUUCGUUUGUUAGUCACAACGUUAACUUUUUGCAUGAAGGCACUUGACUCGCGAACCACUGCACCCAGGACCUUCAAACUUCACAUGCUGAUAGUACUUAUUGAGUACACCACCCCUACUGACUUUGGGGUCACCAGGUCAAAGGUCAAGGUCACAGGGGCCAAUGUUAACUUUUUGCAUGAAGGCACUUUACUCGCGAACCACUGCACCCAGGACCUUCAAACUUCACAUGCUGAUAGUACUUAUUGAGUACACCACCCCUACUGACUUUGGAGUUACCAGGUCAAAGGUCAAGGUCACAGGGGCAAAUGUUAACUUUUUGCAUGAAGGCACUUUACUCGCGAACCACUGCACCCAGGACGUUCAAACUUCGCAUGCUGAUAGUACUUAUUGAGUACACCACCCCUACUUACUUUGUGGUCACCAGAUCAAAGGUCAAGGUCACAGGGGCCAACGUUAACUUUUUUAGCAUGAAGACACUUUACAUGCAAACCACUUCAUUCAGGACCUUUAAACUUUACAUGCUGAUAGUACUUAUUGAGUACACCACCCCUACUGACUUUGGGGUCACCAGGUCAAAGGUCAAGGUGCUGCGGGGACAUUUGUCACCAUUAGUGACAGCUCUUGUUUUUUAUCAACAUGCAGAUAUAAGAUUUCAAAAGGAUCUUUUCAGUAUCUGAAGAAAAGGUUAAAUAUUUUGGUAGUUUCAUUUUAGCUGAAUUUCUGGUAAAUUUUCCAUUUUUGUAACUGUAUCAUGUAGAUGUACUAGUAAUACAUCUGUGACAUGAGUUGUUUUUAAGUGUUAUUUAUGCCUUUUUUUUUCAACUUUUGAAACAAAGAUUUCAGGUUAUGACAUCUUUUCAGUUCUUGUUCCCAAGGAAUUCUUCAUAAUUUAACCUCGACUGUAUAUCAGUAUUAAAUGUGAAUACUCAACAUUUUUAAAUCAAAGGACUAAUUCUCAUGUUGCCAUAAUUAAGCCUAUUAAAUGCAGAUUGUUUUGGUUUUUUUGAUUGAAAAAAAAAAAAAAAAAACCAGAGUAAACAAUUUAUCUCGAAUUUAAAAGCUGUAAACUGGUAGUUAAAAAAAUAUGGUUUAGUUCUUCCCAGAAGUUCUGACUGGUUGGCUAAAAAAAUUUCACACUAGAAGCUUUAAGGUGAAAUUUUUUUUUAAGUUUCCAGUCAUAAGCCAGGGUAAAAAUCAACAGGAUCCGAAGUUUUAAAGUGUUUUGAAUAUAAAAUGAUUGUUAUAAAAGGGCAGUUUUUAACUCAGAUGUACAGUUUCGUAUUUAAAUGUAUUUUCCCAAAAUGGCUGUAUUUUCAGUUAUUCUGUGACCUAUCUUUCUAUUACUACUUAUGAAUAGAAUCUUCGUGUAGAUAUUUAUACUAUUGACCAUAAUAUAUAAUAAAUUGGUUUUGGUAGAUUUGUUA